GAGAAAAGUAGAAAACCAUGGUCGCGAAACCACACAUGAUCUUUGCGUAUGGCACGCUGAAGGAAGGAUUACCCAACCAUGCUCUGAUGGAGGAGCUGAUGGACAAGGACGACGCCGUUUUGGUGGGGACCUACUUCACACGGCAGCCCUACCCGCUGGUGUGCGGGCCCCACGGCAUCCCCUACCUCAUAAACCUAACCGGGCCGGGUCAACGGGUGAAGGGCGAGGUGUACGCCGUGUCCGAUAGCGCCCUGGUUCGGCUGGACGAGUUCGAAGGUGUGAGCGCUGGGUAUUAUGAGAGGCUACCGGUUGUGGCGGUGGAGGAGGGUGGCGAAUCGGUGGAGGCGGAGGCAUAUUUCGGGCACCGGAGUUUCGGGGAGGUGCUAUGGAAGGUGAAGGGGGAAAUGGGGCUGAGAGAGUAUGGGGAGAAAGAAGCGAGGGAGUAUGUGAGGAAGGAGGACAGGCCAGGUGGCAGAAACAAUAUACUUGACCUAGUUCGUUAGUUACUGUUCUGUCUUCAACUCUUCAUCAGCGUCUCUUGUCGCAAUUUAGUUUGUGUAUUUUUUAAUAAAUAAGGGAAAAACUACUCUUAUAAAACAUAAGAGUAGUUUAUCUCCUAUAGACCCAUCAAACAUUGUGAUUUUUUUUUUUUUUUUUUGUAAAUAGUGGCCCACCAUAUGUGUCAAUUAUCUCUCGUGUAACAUGAGAUUAGAUGAACCCAAUAAAUAAAUAUUGGUUUAG